CCUCUGAUAAGCUGACUCUACGUGUUAAAUAAGUGGUCCAAAUACUUGCAUUUGAAUUGCUAUUUUCGAGAGUGUCUUGCUUCUGGGGGUAUAUUUUAUACUUUUCGUUGUUUUUUCUCUUUUGAGUCCUUACGUCAUUUCGGCGACAUGGGCCGUGGUUACAUAGUAGACGAUAGUGUGGAAAUGUAUCUCUCCAAACUAUGUGAACAGCAAUCGGAUAUUGUCACAGGCCUUGUCAUUGGACAGAACUCACCUCAGAGGGAUUUCGUAGUCAUGGCAUGUCGAACACCUUCAAGAGAUGAGCCACUUGUUGGUGUAGGAAAGGGUCUGGACAAGGAAUGGAUCAGUGAGCACGCCCGACAGGUUUCCAGAAUGUUACCUGGGGGCUUAUCUGUUUUAGGAGUUUUUAUCAUCACUGACGUUGAUGCCAAGGAAACAUUAGCCUCACUUCGUCAACUGGUAUUUGCAGUGCAGUCACUGAUAUCUUCUGAACAUCUGUGGAACUUUGACGACAAUGAUGAAGUCACGGACUGCCUCACGCUGCAAAUCAACCCGAAAUCCCGAAAAAUUAGCUGCAGAACAUUUGAUACAAAAGAUCCCAAAAGUUUGGCCAAGCCUGCUGACUGGAAGUAUCAGUCAAGUGUGUGUUCCUCCUGGUCCAUGAUGAGUUGUUUUUUAAAUGUGGACUUAUUUGUUCCUCUACCGGACAACAAAGCCUGUUCAAAGAGCAUGGAUAAGUGUCUUAAGGAUGGACUAAAACAAUGGACACACCAGAUAGAGAAUGCGGUCUGUUUGAUUGAUGGCGUACAGUUGCCUGAUGAUGCAGAACUCAUAGCAGGACAGAAGAGGAAUGUGAGACAGAAACUCGCUGUUCAACUGCUACUCACUCCGGAUCAACAACACAGCUUAACAGAUGUGGUACAGAAAUGUGGAGGGAGCUUGUCACUCAGAGGAGCCAUCCAUGGCCGAGCUUACGUACACAACAACAAACCAAAGGCCAAACUGGCUGAGAAGUUCCUAAAAAGGGAUGUUGUCGCUACGAUGGUGACAAGAGUUCAGAUGCUGCUUGAUGACCUUCUAGCUACAGAAAAUGAGAGUGACGGAGUUAGCAGAGACAAAAAUGGAACAGAGCAAUUCUGCCUUCCUCACCGUGUCUUUUGUCCUGCAAGAUUGAGUGGGAGUCUGUGUGUUUGUGACUACCAGUUCAAUGACGAGGACCCAACUGAAGUCAUUGAUAGGCUGAAAGAAAUGUUAGACAUCGAUUCAUCUGAUCAAGACUUGGAUACCAAGCAGGAAAUUGCUGCUGAGAUUAUAGAAUGUAAAGAACCAGCAGAAUCCACUGCAGAAAAUGUUGAAGUACAAGAGCCCAGGAGGAACAACUACAUGGGUGUUGCCAUGGCCACUGUUGUUGCCCUACUUGCCACUGCUGCCUCAAUUCUCUAUCUCAGUGAUUUUUGACGCAUGCACACCAAAAUAAAGUACUUUUACAUCAAAUUCAAAUGAUUCAAUAUUAUGACUUAGUACAGUAGUACAGUUGCUUGUUCUCUUUUAACAAGUUUUUACACACAAAAGUCUAAGUGACAAUAUGACUGCCCUGUAUGACAAAACAAUUUGUAAUUAUUUUUAACACCUUCAUAACUUGAUUCUCCAACCCUAACCCUAAACAUUCUGACCUCGGAUCCGACUGCGAAUGUCCUUCAGCGGGAUCCCAAUCAUAUUAGCUUUGUUCCGAACCUGUUUUGACCGGUUUGCAGCUGUGACUCCAGAUGAAGUGACCUUGUCUUCAUGGCCCAAUACAGGACCCAUAGUUACCAUAAUAAUGGAAGACAUACUUUUGAGAUAUGAGAGAUUCAAUCAAGCGAAAAUUCCACAACAGUUGGCGCCACGGACAGAAUCUUUUCUUAAGCAAAAAGACUGGUAUGUGUGAGGGAAAAUAUUCCUUUUCUCACCUUCCCUAGUCUAUGCUGAGGGGGAGAUUCUUGAAUCAUGCAUAUUACAUACCUCUAUCCACUGCUCACAAGAUGGACUUCUUUUGUCAAUUCCUGAAGAAAGGAUUUUUUUUUUUUU